AUGGAAGAAGUGAGACAACUGGUGCAGGAAGAGGGCAGGGAGGCGAGAAACCUGGUCGCCUUCCAUGUUUCCGUGGACACGCCAGCUCGUGUUUCACGAAAACCUCCUCGAGCAUUACCACCUCCUCGUCGAGCAGCGCCGCGGACAACACGUCUAAGAUCUGCAUCAGCCGGUCGUGAUAAGCGUUCCGAAUUACGAGCGAGAUACUGGGCUUUAUUAUUCGGAGACUUGCAACGUGCAGUUGGCGAAAUCUACAAUACUGUGGAAGCUCACGAAAACUUAAACGAGUGCCAAGAAGUUAUACUAGUACUUGAGAACUAUACACGAGAUUUCAAGGCUUUAGGUGAAUGGUUUCGAUUGAAAUGGGAAUAUGAUAAUACUCCACCACCGCAAAGACCGCAAAGCUUAGCUUGGGAGAUACGAAAAACUGAUUUCGUUAGACCAGAAUCACGACGUACUUAUUCCAUGAAAAGUUCGCCUUCGGUAUCAGGGAAGAAUAGUCCCUGUUUAUCAGGACAUAACACCCCAAGUGGCAAAAAUAGUCCCAAUUUGACGGGAAAAGCGAGCCCAGGUAGCGGCAAAAUAAGUCCAAGGAUCGCUCACCCUACAUCUAGUCCUAAAGCUAACGUGGAGUUUUUUACCAACAAGCUGGUCGCUUCUAAAAUCACAGCAAAGCCGGAGCCAAAAAUCGCUAAAGAAUCAAGACUCUCUGAUAUAAAAGAAAAAGAGGUGAAACUAACAUGCGAUGAGAAUGACACUGAAGAUAAUUUGUCAGACGAAAAUACUAAAGUAACUACCAUCGAAACUGGUCUGACUAAAGAAGUGAAGAACGCUGUUCCUCAAAGAGUUGCUAUAAAAUUUGCCAAACCUAAAGUAACGGAGACGAAAACUACCGAAAAUGAAAUUUCAGAUCAAUGCAAAACAACUAUCUCACAGUUGGAUGCAAUGGAAAACGAAUUUUUGAAGAAAAAUCUUAUUGAAAGUCAAGUUAAGAAUGAUAAUAUGAUCAAUCAAGAGAUCGUUAUUAAAUCCGAUCUUACAUUUACGUCUCCUGAAGAUAAAAAAAUUGAGAUUAAAAUUGAAGAAAAUGAUAACACAUGUUCAGAGUCGCCGACGAAGUCUGAAGAUAAUUUCGCAGAUAUAUCAAGCGAAAGUUCUCCCAAGUCUGAAGUGGAGGAACCAGAUAUUAAAAAAGAUCAAAAAAAUAAAGGCAAAAAAACAUCGAGUUCCAAUACAAAGCAAAACGAAGAAAAGAAGGUUGCUCAACCCAAGAAACAGAUAAUUGAAAUAAAAGAUUCUAUUGCUAUAAAAAAAGAUCUUCAAGACCAAGAACCGCAAAAUAAAAUUGAAACGAAUAUUAUCAAUAAUAAUAACAUAGAGCCAGUUAAUGCAAAAGACAAAAAAGGUAUAUCAAAUGGUGAAACUGCCAUUAGUAAUGGCUGGGGCGACGUAAAUACUGAAAAGAUAAAUUCUGGAUUAAACUUUAAUAAUGUUGAAGAAAUAAGAAAAAUCUCUGCCUUGGUGGCCAAAACAGUAGCUAAUGGUCCUUCUCAUCUGAAUAAUGAAAUCAAAACCAAAAAUGAUUUUUCUUUGGCAUUAGAUAACGUACAGGAAGAAAAUAUAAAAAAUCACAUUCAAGAUGUGCAAAAAAUUCUCGAAAAUGAUAAGAAAUCGAAGGAAAUAAAAGAUAUUACAAAGGAAGUGACCCUGUUGUCUAAAGAUGAAGUUGACGUGAAAAAAGAAAUGGAAGUGAAAAAAUUAGACACCAAGCAAAAUAAUGAUUCUAAACAGUCAAAACCUGCUUAUUCACAAGCAGUUGCUAAACCCAAAGCCGUAAAUAUGACAAAGAAUGAAGUCAAAACUCCAACUCGACUCAUUCGUAGCUCAACUGUUGUAGAAAUACGACCAAAUACUGUACCAAAGCCUCCAAAAACCUCACAAAAGAAAACCAAUAAAUGCAGUUACCCAUUCAAUUUGACAACAGGUCGUACCACCCUAUUUGAUGGUGUUCCAACCACUCCUGCUACUAAACCUGUCGUAGCAAAGCGCCCUAUAAUAAAAAGCAACCAAAAUAUGGCAGGCGGUGAUGCUAAACCUGUAACUGGCAAAGAAAAUCUCAAAAAACGUCCACCAAGACCAACAUCACUGAUCGUUAAAGAAAAAGAAGAGAAGAAGAAUAGAGUUAAUCAAGCUUUGGAGAAAGUAAAAGAUUGCAAAGAUUACAGUAGUUCCGACAGCGUUAUAACUCAGAUCGACAUGUCACGUAUAGAAUCAAGUGAGAGUCUGAAAACACUUGUAUCCGAAGAUCAUCAGGUUUUGAAAGAUGUUGCCAAUUCUAUCGAGGUUCUAAACGUCGAUAGCAAUAAAAACGACAACGAAGGCUGGCUUACAGUCAAAUCUCGUCGUCUUAGCCGUGAAUCUAAAAAGCAUUCAAAAUCCCACUGGGCUAACAGAUUCAAUCAGCCCUCUGCUACAACGAGCCUACCUACAUUAAACAUGCUCGAAUCUCCUAAACAAGAAGACAACAGCAUCUUGAAUCCAAAACCUGUUAAUGUAGAUCGAGCUAAGUCUGAACAACCACAAUCUCAAGUCGAACCACCGCUGACUAAAGUUAUAACUGGUUCUGAACAACCACAGAAACCUGAACUUCAAGAAAAGAAAAUUGAAAAACCAGAAAAGGUUGUUAAGGUUGUCGCAAAACUGAAAUCGGAGAAUAAAACUAACGAUCCAUCAAUGAUACGUCAAAAAUCGGAUGUCACUGGCUUAAAGACGAAAUCUUCUAGAAACAAAGUACUAACCAAAAAAGCUGAAAAGGUCAAAGACUCCCACAAAGAUGACGAUAUGUCUGAUCUAACUAAGAACCGCUUGCACUCUUCAUUAGAAAGCCUAACAUCCGCGUUGGCUAGAUCACAGGAAAGCACAGAAGAGGCGUUCGAUUUCGACAAAUGGAAGGCUGAAUUCAAAUCAACAUUCAAAUAUCUGGAAGAAGACGAUCAAAUCGCUGACCAGAAUGAGAUAUUGAAGUCCGCGGAUCCAUCGGAAAUGUCCGAAAUAGCCGCGAUGACGUCACAAAUUGAGGAAAACGAGAGGAAAAUAAGUUUAGCAUUAGAUUUCCAGUCCGAAGUCGAUCAAAGGAAACUUUGUGCUGAAGAAGAUUUAUUGAACAGACAAAUCCUGGAGCUGCAACAAGUCUCGGAUAUAGAUAUUGAUACUGAAACUGAUGAUACAGAGACGGAUGCUGAAAUCCUCAUAGAAGAUCCACCUCAAGUUCUAUCAGAGAACUUGGGUUCGCUAGCAGCGAGUUUAGAAGACCAGUAUGAAACGGCACUAGCUGGAAUGACCUGGGCUGAAAGAGUGGAUACCCUCGUAGUACUUGAAGCUCUAGUGGCUAGAGAUCCUGGUCGAGCACAACAAUUACAUGAGAAACUAUCGCAAGGAAUAAAACGUCGUGGGAGCCUACAGGAUGCCUUACGAAGACUUCAAGCAAAACAAGCAAGAGCCGAAAGACAAAGAAUGGAAUAUCAAACUGAGCGUUCAAAGAAAAUACACCAGUUAUUGGCUAGAGUUGAGGAGGUUAAGGUUGCCAAAAAUCAACUCAUAGAAGAAAAACGUAUGAGAAUGGAAAGGAGAUUACAAAAAGCUGCUGAGAAUCGCGAUCAACAUUUAAAGGAUAUAGUCCGUAAAGCUCAUGAUGAAGAAGAAAAAUUAAGGGAAAUAGCUUUUAUUAAGCAAUUGGAGGCUGAGAAUAGACGCCAUGAAUUUUUGGAGCAAUGUCGAUCACACACAACACGUUUAAGAGGAAUGAGGAGGGAUAGGCUACACAAGUUGGAACAAAAAGCAGCUCGCGAAGCAGCUGUUGGAGCUCGUCGUCAAGCUAUUGAAGCUGCUCGGAAAUUACAUGUUGAGAAUUUAAUGGAGCGACGUAAGGAAAGGGACGCCAGGGUUGAGGAAAUGAAGGGCUUGAAGAAACAGGAAAGAGAUGACGCUGCCAGGGAGAAGGCUGAAGGUGUAAAGUCCCGUCUAUCAGCCUUAGCAGCGGCGGCCGAGUUGGAAGCAGAUGCUUUAAGAUCUCGUAUAAGGGACAAGCAGGAUGCCAGCCAACAAAGGCUCGAGUCACACUUACAGGCAAUACGGGAGAAAGCUACUGGGCCUAGACCCGCCACAAUAUCCGAAAGCCAAGAUCAAGCUGAGAAGGAAGAUUCGGAAUCAAAGAGAAUUGAUCAAGAACGGAAAGAAAGGGAAAAACAAAAGGCUGUUAAACGAAAGGCGAGGAAAAUUAAACAGAAAUUAUUAGCUGGGCUUGUAUUAAGAAGCCAAGCUCCAGUGUUCGAGGACAAUAUAACAACAUUGGAUACAAUGCUCAACCCACUUACAAGCAAAGUAUACAGAGCUAUAAGUUCUAUACGCAACAUUAUGGCGCCUUUCGUACCUGAAUGUGAGAAAGAUGACGAUGAAAAGGAAAAAGAAAAGAAACAAACACCACAAGUUAAUGGAGAAGCGGAGAAACACAAGUUAUUGGAGAAGAAUAAAGAAGAUGCAAGUAUUAAUGGAGAAUGUUCUAACUACUGUGAACCCAGUACAAGCGGGACACAGAAUGUUCCAGAAGUUAAAUCUAAGAAGAAGAAAAAAAAGAAGAAUAAUAAUAACAAUAAUAAUGAUAAAUGGAGUAAAACAAGUUCUGUAUGUAGUUCUCUGAUUGAAAUGAAUAGGAACGCUCGAAUGGAGAAGAAGAUUGAUAUUGAUUUACCGUAUCUGGAGAAACAGAUGAACGAAUUGUACAGAAUGAUGGAGAAAUUUGAGAAGCAUUUCCUAGAAAAGGCAUCGGUUCAGAGAUUCCAAGCUGUGAAAGUGAUCAGUCAAAUGUUAGCUGUGGCGGCAGAGAAAGAAGAUCUUAAUCCACCUAUAUCAGCUAAGUGUCUAACCAACGCCGUGACACUGGUGUCUCGUGUAAUGGUGUCUUGUACAGCCACCGCCGCUCAAAUCCUCUCAACCAAUACUUGCGUACAUCAAGCUACACUACUAUGUAGACAGAUGGAAAAAGAUCUGAAAUCUAAUGAGCGUGAAAUGGAACUAGCGAAGCAGUUAUGUGACAGUCUCUCUGUUGCUUUGGAUUCAGUGCUUUGCGCCUCAAGAUUACACCACGACGAGGAAACUCCUGAUGAAGAAUUGGAAAUAUUGGGAUUAUUGAGGAACAGAGCCCAUAUGAUUAUCAGUUAUCUCUGUCUGAAUGGUUGUAUAGCGAAUGCUGAACACGCGGGCGAGGCUCGUGAGAGUAUUCAAACAUUACUCACAGUAUGCGCGGAUCUUUGUGGACCCUUUGUAGCUGAUGUUGGCAAUGACAAAAUGUAUGCCAAACAAGCUCUUCGUACAGCACUCGGUAAAGGCGUUUGUGGUUCACGAGCUGAGUUCUGUAUGCUAUUCGCUAAAGGAGCCUCUCUUGGAGAGUGCGGGGACUUCGUUAAGGCAGCUAGAACAGCACAUUUGUUGAGAAGCAUCGCUGAAAUGGACCAUCUGAUUGUACAGGAUGCAUUUGGUGAAGGUGGAUGGCCUUUAGAGUUCAGAGCGGCUGUCGCUAGAUUAUUAUCACAACAUGCACCGAAUGAAAAGGAGGCGCCUCGUACGACUGCGUUACGUCUCAGCAAUCAAAGACUGGAUCAGAAAUUAUCGGAGACAAUGGUACUGGAUUUGAUCGUACUCGUCGGAUUCGUCGUAGUCAAUAAUCCUCAGUUACAGGAGACGAUAUGCGAUGGUUGGGGUGUGCUGAAAACAUUGUGUACUCUGCCAGCGAAUUGGUUGGUGUCGGAGACAAGAAGUCAUGCUCUAUUGCCGACUCUCAUAGCUCUGUCCGAGAGAAAAGAAACUGCUGCGAUUAUAGCAUCUGAAUUAAAUAUGAAGAUCUUGGAUGACUUCAUGAAGAAUCCACAGGCGCAGGAAAUAAAACUUAUACAAGUCAUAAAACAGACGAAAAAUAAAAAAGGAAAGAAGUAG